AGUUCACAGCUCGAAGUUAUGGCAAGAACCAAGCAGACCGCCCGUAAGUCCACUGGUGGCAAAGCGCCCAGGAAGCAGCUCGCCACCAAGGCUGCACGCAAGAGCGCCCCGGCUACCGGCGGCGUGAAGAAGCCUCACCGUUACAGGCCCGGCACCGUGGCUCUGAGGGAGAUCCGCCGUUAUCAGAAGUCUACUGAGCUGCUUAUCCGCAAGCUGCCCUUCCAGCGCCUGGUGAGAGAAAUCGCUCAGGAUUUCAAGACCGACUUGCGUUUCCAGAGCUCGGCCGUCAUGGCCUUGCAGGAGGCUAGCGAGGCGUACCUGGUCGGUCUGUUCGAGGACACCAACCUCUCAAUUUGUGUCAUCAUGUCUGGUAGAGGUAAAGGCGGUAAGGGACUCGGCAAAGGGGGCGCAAAGCGUCAUCGUAAGGUCCUUCGCGAUAACAUCCAGGGAAUCACCAAGCCGGCUAUUCGCCGUCUGGCUCGCCGUGGCGGUGUUAAGCGUAUUUCCGGCCUGAUCUACGAAGAGACUCGCGGUGUGCUCAAAGUCUUCUUGGAGAACGUCAUCCGCGACGCCGUCACCUACACCGAGCACGCCAAAAGAAAGACCGUCACCGCCAUGGAUGUGGUGUACGCCCUGAAGCGCCAGGGACGCACUCUGUACGGCUUCGGCGGAUAAACGCUCAACACCGACCUACGUCAACACAACGGCUCUUUUAAGAGCCACCCAAAUAUCCGCAAAGAGAUGUUUCUUCUUUACUUCGCGUGUGUUUGGGGGGGGAAAGACGCAAAUGACGUCAAAAGUCUUAUAAAGCAAUAUCCGAUAUACAUAAUAA